AUGACAGAGAAUAGGAAUAACGCUGAUUUGCGAUAUACCUUUGAUGUGGCAGAAGUUGACCCAAAAAGACAAUCAAUGUCCUGGUCACACCUUUUUAGCCGCAGCAAACGUUGUUAUUCGUAUGCCCUCCGGGUAUAUCCCAAGUGCCGGUGUGCCAUCAGUGCAUCAGGUUUUACAACACAGAUGGUCAUCAGUAGAUCAUCACCCGGAGGGCUCGUGGUCAGAGAUCUGUUAGCCGGUAGUGGAAUGACGGCUGUGGUAGCGUAG